UUCUUUCUUUCUUUCUUUCUUUCCUGGUGGCUCGAUCGCUCCAUUUCCUUUGCCUGCUCAGCACUCGAUCGACUCAUUCACUUAUUAGUACAAUCCAGCAGAUCGACCACUAGACGAAGGACACGAAACAAUAUGGCUCGUCCUAGCAGCAGCUUAGUGGCUCUGUACGUGACCAUCUGCUCCCUUUUCUUCAUCGCCUCCAAGAUGCUCAUCUCCUUCCUGCUCUACAAGAAGUGGGCGCGCAAGAAGCGGAUCAUCGACAACAGCCUCGCCGGCGGCAAGAUGGUCAUCUUCCGCUCCGCCGGCGGCAAGACGCUGCAGUCGCUGAGCCCCAAGUCGUUCCUGGGCAUGCUCAUGGGCCUCUCCAGCAAGGACGUCAUCGGCGCCGGCGGCUACGGCACCGUCUACCGCCUCCGGCUCGGCCUCGGCGGUGACAAUAAUAAGGCUGCCGCGGCCUUCGCCGUGAAGAGGCUCAACCGGGGCAGCGCCGAGAUGGACCGCGGCUUCGAGCGCGAGCUGGACACCAUGGGCGACAUCAAGCACCGCAACAUCGUCCCGCUCUGCGGCUACUACGCGGCGCCACACUUCAACCUGCUCAUCUACGAGCUCAUGCCCAACGGCAGCCUGGACGCCCUGCUGCACGAGCACGACCACCAGCACCAGGCUAGGUUAUUGGACUGGCCGGCUCGCUACCGGAUCGCCCUGGGCGUGGCUCGCGGCCUCUCCUACCUCCACCACGACUGCAUCCCGCACGUCAUCCACCGCGACAUCAAGUCGAGCAACAUCCUCCUGGACCACGACAUGGAGGCGCGCCUCUCCGACUUCGGCCUCGCCACGCUGAUGAGGCCCAACGCCAGCCACGUCACCACCGUGGUGGCCGGCACCUUCGGCUACCUGGCGCCCGAGUACUUCGACACCGGCAGGGCCACCACCAAGGGCGACGUCUACAGCUACGGCGUCGUGCUGCUGGAGCUGCUCACGGGGAAGAGGCCCACGGACGAGUCGUUCCUGGAGAAGGGCACCAGGCUGGUCACCUGGGUGAAGGAGACCAUGGAGGAGAAGCGGGAGGAGCACGCCAUCGACGAGGCUCUGCUGCAUCAGGGCGGAGUAUUAUUGCUGCCCGCCGACGAGGUCAAGCUGAUCUUUGCCGUGGCGGACAAGUGCCUCGACUCAGAUCCGGGGAAGAGGCCAACCAUGGCGCAGGUGGUCAAGAUGCUCGAGCAAGGGAAGCCGCACUAGCUAGCUAGCUAGCUUAAUUAGCUACUACGGAGUAGUAUAUAUCAUCAGAAGAUGAAUCAUCUGAUAGCAGCGCAGCUUAUUAAUUAGAUCAUAUCUCUGCUGACUGCUCGAGUAUCUAUCUGUAGGAUGUAGAUGAUCGAGCAGAUGGAUGUACUACUGUCUAUAGUACUACUAUCUAGCAAGAGUGAGCUAGGCAUCAUGUGUGUAGUAGUACAUGCUUACCCCUUUAUUACUGGGCUGGGCCUUGAUAAUUGCAUGGGCCGUUUUGUUUCUCAAACAAAAAAGGACUAACUGGGCCGUUUGCA